AGUCACCCUUAACUUUCUUCCAUCGUUCUCUCUCUGAGAUUCCAUUACCAUCUCUUUUCAGUUUCCAUUUAAACCAUAUUCUCAAUGCCUAGUAUCAUAUGCUGUAACUUCCCAAAAAGCCAUGCAUUUCCUCUCCUUUCCAGAGUUUCAACACAACCCAAAUGCUUCAAUCCCUCUCUGAGCUUCCAUGCCCAAGCUUUCCCAAAUGGGUUUAAUAAUAAAACCCUGGAAAGCAUCCAACGGCAUAGAUUCAAGCAUUUCUCAACUGGUUUUUGUCAGGGAACGAAAGCCAGGAAUUUCUCAAAUGGUUCUCAUCAGAAGGCCAUGGAAAACGGCCGUGGCUCAAGACCCAGGAAUUUCCCAUGUGGGUUCUCUCAGAAAGGCUUAGAAAACUGCGACGUAACAAAACCAAGAAAUUUCUCAAGUGGGUUUCACCAGACAAUCAUGCAAAACAGCCAUGGACUAAAACCCUUGAAUUUCUCAAAUGGGUUUCAUCCGAAACCCCCAGACAAUGUUGGCAUAAUCAGAGCUAGAAAUUUCUCGAAUGAGUCUCAUCUGAAAGCCACAGAAAGUGAUCGCAGAGUAAGAUCCCGAAAGACCCUUCCCUGGAUAGCAUCGUAUAGAAAUAGGGAAUUCAAGCGGUCAGAAAAAGCACCGACCCCAAAAUCCAAUCAUUCAUCUUGGGAAGAUUCGGCUAACAUCUAUUUUUCGAAAAACGGCACAAAGCCCUCUAAGGAGAGUAGCACGAAGCCUUUGAUCAAUAAUAGGGAGAGUAGACCAAUCGAUGUUAUUCCUAUUAAAACGGAUGAAGGUGAGGAGGAGGAAGAUGUUGAGCCGGUUGAUGAUCCAAGAUGGGACAGGAUUAAAAGCAACUACCAGAGAAUUGUCGACCGAGAUACUAGGUCUGAAAAACCAGAGGUUCGACGGUGGGAUAAACAAGGUAGGUGGGAUAAACAGGAAAACUGGGGCCGGAAAACAUGGAAAGAGGCUACAGAAUCGACAUUGCCGAAGAUGGUUGGUGAAGGGGUUUAUGGAGUUGGUCCUGUUUUGGCGGCAUUAACAGUCGGAAGAAGGGAGUUCUAUGCUCUCUAUGUUCAGGAAGGAUUGGAUUUGAGCAGCAAUAACAGGAAGAAGAAGGACAAGAAAGGGGUAGAAAAGGUGCUGAGAAGGGCAGAAAAGAUAGGUUUGACUGUAAAAGAAGCUUCGAAGCAUGAUCUCAAUAUGAUAGUCGGUAACCGCCCCCACCAGGGUUUGGUGCUGGAUGCUUCUCCACUAGAGAUGGAUAGCCUAAGGGAAUUGGAUCCCGUUUUGAUAGAGGGAGAAAAGGGACCUGUUUGGGUUGCUUUGGACGAAGUCACGGAUCCCCAGAACUUAGGGGCCAUUGUUCGGUCGGCUUAUUUCUUUGGAGCAGCAGGGGUAGUGUUGUGUGCAAAGAAUUCGGCCCCUUUGAGUGGGGUUGUGAGCAAAGCCAGUGCGGGAUCACUUGAAUUGAUUGAAUUGAGGUCAUGCAAAAAUAUGAUGCAGUUCUUGACAAACUCCAUUGAAAAUGGAUGGCGGGUUCUUGGAGGCUCGGUUUCUUCAAGAGCUCUUCCAUUGACUGAAGUUGUAGCUGGUGCACCGACAAUUCUUGUGUUGGGUAGUGAAGGUAGUGGAUUGAGGCCUCUGGUGGAGAAAUCUUGUACUCAGCUUAUUCGAAUCCCGGGAAACAUUCCCCUAGGUGUACCUGCAAGAGAGAUUGAAGGUGAAGAAAUAGAGGAGAUGGAUGAGAGAUGUUCAAGCGAAGAAUUUCGGUCCUUUAUGGCGGUCGAGAGCUUGAAUGUAAGUGUGGCCGCAGGUGUGCUUCUUUACCAUUUGGUUGGGAACAGUAAAUGUAGCUUAGGUGAUAAGAAGAUCGAUGCAAUUGAUUGAGAUCAUCCAUAAUACAAUGAUUGUGUUAUCUCGUUGUUAGUUGUAUUAGUCAUUGAUAUGGAUUUUCUUUCUUAUUUUGUGAUUUCAAAGUUAUUAUGAAACCAUAUACAUGACUCACAUUGAUUUUGAAAUUUGAAGCAUCUAGUUCAACA